UCGAUUAUGGUGUAAAUUCUGCCUGGCAACCAUCUUUAGUUUGGGAAAAUAUUGUAGGUUGGGGGCGUGGUUACAACUCCACACAUAAGCUAUGAUUAGACAUUGCUGAAAACAAUCUUACUAGAAAAUGGAAUUUGAAGAAUACAGAGAUACUACGAAGGGAAACCAACUGGGAAAACGAUUUAGCACACAUUCAUGUCUCGUCUUCGACGAACUUAGGAGAUUUGGCCAGCUCUGUGACGCGGUUAUAAAGGUUGAUCACCAGGAAUUCCCAAUUCACAGAGCCAUCAUGUCGGCCAGCAGUCCUUACUUCCGGGCGUUGUUCACCAACGCAUUGGACACAGUGGAUAAACGAGAGAUUGAGAUUCCAGGAGUUUCAGCCGAGAUCAUGCAAAUCAUCAUAGACUAUGCCUACACACGUCGUGCUAAGAUCGACGAGAGUAAUGUGGAAUGUCUACUUCCGGCGGCUGACCAAUUCCUAGUCCAUGGUCUUGUCAGGGGCUGCUGUGAUUUCCUCGCCGGAGAACUAGAGGCGGAAAACUGUAUUGGCAUCUACAACUUCGCUCGUUACUUCUUCUGUCCUAAUUUGGAGCGGGUUUCUUAUCGGUUUUUGAUGCACAACUUCAGUGAAGUAAUGGCGAUCAGUACAGAAUACACCGAUCUUGGUAUAGAAGGUGUGUGUGAAAUAUUGUCCUCUGAUGAUCUUAAUGUGAAAAACGAGGAAAUGUCAUUCAUGGCAGUUUUACGAUGGAUUGAUUACGAUUCCGAAAACCGGAAGUGUCAUAUCCCUGUCCUGCUUCGGACCAUCCGUUUAGGACUGCUGUCUACCCAAUAUUUCGUUGAGAAGGUAAAAUCUCAUCCUUAUGUCAAAGACACUGAUCAAUGUAAGCCGCUCGUCAUCGAGACCCUCAAGUUUCUCUACGAUCUGGACAUCGACGAGGAUAAGGACCUCGACAUCACCAAUCCACUCGCGCGUCCCCGCGUCCCACACGAGGUGAUGUUUGUUGUUGGCGGGUGGAGUUGUGGAUCACCGACUAAUAUUGUGGAAUCGUACGACAUGCGCGCAGAUAAGUGGAUAGUCUGUGACUCCGCCGAUGAAGGGCCUAGGGCAUACCACGGAACAGUUGCAAUUGACAAAAAAAUCUACGUCGCUGGGGGUUUUGACGGGGUAGAAUACUUCAACAGUGUGCGCUGUUUUGAUCCAAUAACAAAAAGCUGGUCCGAGGCAGCACCAAUGAACGCUAAAAGAUGCUAUGUGAGUACCACUGCACUGAGAGGCUGUAUUUACGCAAUGGGCGGGUAUGACGGUAACGUGAGACUAAAUACGGCGGAGCAAUACUUCCCUGGCCGAAAUCAGUGGACAAUAAUCGCGCCAAUGAACCACCAACGUAGUGACGCCAGCGCCACCACUCUCCACGAUAAGAUUUAUAUCUGUGGGGGAUUUAACGGACAGGAGUGCUUGAACUCAUCGGAAUAUUACGACCCGAACACAAACCAGUGGACCUGUUUUGCGUCCAUGCGCAAUAGGCGCAGUGGUGUAGGCGUCAUUGCUUAUGGUGACCAGAUAUACGCCCUGGGCGGGUUCAAUGGAGCUGCGCGGAUGAAUACGGGUGAACGCUACUCUCCCCUCACGGACAGCUGGCAGACAAUACCUAUGAUGUAUAACCCCCGGAGUAACUUUGGUAUUGAGGUGAUAGACGAUAUGAUUUUCGCUAUUGGGGGAUUCAACGGAGUAACGACUAUAUUCAACGUGGAGUGUUUUGACAGGUCCUCGGAUGAAUGGUUUGACGCAACAGAUAUGAAUAUCUACAGAAGUGCUCUCAGCGCAUGCGUCAUCAACGGGCUUCCAAAUGUUCGAGAUUACACUCACAGAGAAACCAAACAGGGAAACUGAAAAAAACAGAGGAAAUUAGAAAACAUUGAGGUUGUGUGGAUUCGUGUGAUAACAAACAUUGAUAAAAACGUGUGUCAUAUAGUAAGUGUCUAGCGUGUUAACCUGGGCACUAUCACUAUAGCAACUGUAAAUGUUUUUAAUAAUAAAUAUUGGUGA